GCUACAAUUGGCAUCGAUUUUCUAUCGAAAACUAUGUAUCUGGAGGAUCGUACAGUUCGUUUGCAACUCUGGGAUACAGCUGGCCAGGAACGAUUCAGAAGUUUAAUUCCUAGUUAUAUUAGGGAUUCUUCUGUCGCCGUGGUAGUCUACGAUAUCACAAAUCGGAAUUCUUUCAUGAAUACUGCUAAAUGGAUAGAUGAUGUCCGUGCAGAGCGUGGCAAUGAUGUAAUUAUUGUCUUAGUAGGGAAUAAGACCGAUUUGAAUGACAAAAGACAAGUGACAACAGAAGAAGGUGAAAAAAAAGCAAAAGAGUAUAAUGUGAUGUUUAUUGAGACUAGUGCAAAAGCUGGGCACAAUGUGAAAACAUUAUUCCGUAAAAUAGCACAAGCUCUUCCCGGCAUGGAGAACACAAUGAAUGAGCCACAGAAUCAACUGAUUGAUGUCAAUAUCAAUUCAGGAGCCCAAAAUUCCAACGAUGCAACUGUUUGCGCUUGUUGA